GAUCUGAUGGAGCAGCCAGGCCAAGAUGGCAGGGAAGAAUCUAGAGAGUGUUGAGGAAGCAAAUGAUCCAAACAGCAAAAGGAAGAAGGAUCAUCAAGAGUAUGGAACACCAGCGAAUCAGCAUGAGUCCAACUGGGACAGAUUGCGGGAGAGUGUGCAGUCGAAUUUCACUCCACAACCAGGACCUAGUCAGAACCCCAAAUCAUCGUACUAUAGAACGCGGGAACAGUCACCCCCUCUACAGGGUUCAAACAGUUCCUUAAAAUCACCAUUGAAUAAUCGAGUGUCGUAUGAUAUUGCUAUAGAGAGGGGCGAUAAUCUCAGCAAAAGACAGAAAGGAUCAAAUUCAAAGGUGGAUUCUAAUUGGAUAUUGACCAGUUCUACAAGUAGCCUUUCCCCAUCACAGCCUAGUAGUCAGCAAAGCUCUGUGUCAUACUCACAGGGUCAGGAUUUUGGUGGGGUCAGACAAGGAGUACGAUGGAACAUCAAUAGAUAUGGAAGCAAUGAAGACUUGUUAAUGAGACCACGAUCGAAAAACGAGCCAACCACUGAGCUCUGAUUUAUCUAAUGUAACGAGGAUCAUGGCAAACCAUCCAAUAUUACGACUGAUUGAAAGAGGCCCAAAAACUAAGCUGUAACAAAUCACUUGCCUAAAUAAUCUGCACCAUAUUAAUAAUCAUAACUUACGCAUAAUAAAAUAAAAUAUUUUAAUUAAAUGUUCAAUUAAAAUAUUGUUAGUCUA